CAAUUAGAAUAAAAAUUGGGAAAAUUUUAGAGACGACAAGGAAGUCAGAAGCGAGCGAUCAUGAACCCGUUAACCCUAGUAAAACGCAUUCAGCAAAUCAACACGAAAGAAGCGGCAUUAGGGAUCUCCGAACAAGCUUCAUGGCACGCCAAGUACAAGGACUCCGCCUACGUCUACGCCGGCGGCAUUCCCUUCGACCUUACCGAAGGCGAUCUCCUCGCCGUUUUCGCCCAAUACGGAGAGAUCGUCGAUGUUAACCUCGUUAGAGACAAAGGCACUGGUAAAUCCAAAGGCUUUGCGUUUAUUGCGUAUGAGGACCAGAGAAGUACGAAUCUUGCUGUAGAUAACUUGAACGGAGCGCAGAUUUUAGGUAGGAUUAUUAGGGUUGAUCAUGUUGGUAACUAUAAGAAGAAACAGGAAGAAGACGAAGAGACCGAGCGGAAGAAGAGAGAGGAACGCGGUGUGUGCCGCGCUUUCCAAAGAGGCGAUUGCACUCGCGGCGCUAGUUGCAAAUUUUCGCACGACGAACAAAGAGCUGCGAAUACAGGUUGGGGUCCUGACAAUGAAAGUUCGUCGAGAUGGGGACAUGACAAGUUUGAGGGUCCAAAAUGGGGUGAGAAACAAUCUGAUAGCAACCAGUCAAAACCUGUUCGGGAGCCUAUGAUUCAAGAUGGUUUUAGACGGGAUCCUAUGAUUCAAGAUGGUUUUAGACGAGAUAAUAAAGAUAUGCGCUCCAGAUCAAAGGGCAGUGAGAGGGCUUUAGAGAGCAACCCUAAGGUAAGUGAUGGGAGGGAGGAAAGAAGACCAGGAAGGCAAGAUGAUGAGUUUGAGCUGAAGUCAAGAGAAGAUCAUGAUCGGAUCAAAGAUAAGAGAUUGGGAAGGCACAAUGAUAAUGAAUUUCAGUCCAAGUCAAGAGAACAUAAGGGGGAAGAAAAAAGAUUAAGAAAACAUGAUGGUGAUGAAUUUCAGCCAAAAUCGAGAGAAGUUAAUGAUUGGAGAGAAGAAAAGAGAUCAAGAAGGCAAGAUGGUGAUGAAUUUGAGUCAAAGUCAAGAGAUGUGAAGGAGGAAAAGAGAUUGAGAAGGCGUGGCGAUGAUGAAUUUGAGCCAAAUUCCAGAGAAGAUGGAAAGGAAGAAAAUAGGUCAAGAAGGCAUGGUGAUGAAUUUGAUGGGAAGGAAGAAAAGAGAUCAAUAAGGCAUGAUGAUGAUGAAUUUGAGCCAAGAUUAAGAGAAGAUGGAAGGGAAGAAAAGAAAUCGAGAAGGCAUGACUCAGAUUACUAUAUGGAAGAAAAGGGAGACAAGGGAGGAGACGCAUGGUCAACUCAUCGUAGGGAUUCCACAUCUCGUUCUCAUAGAGGGGGAGACAAGGAUCGCCGGCAUAGGUCAGAUAGAUAAGGAUCUUUCUUCACCAAAUGUUUACAGGGGUAAGCUCUUAUCUUUGGAAGACGUGUAAGAGGAUCAUUUCCAUAUGCUACCUGAAGACUGAUUCUUUUUCUUUUAGUUUGGCUGAGGUCUAUUCUGUAUUUUGUAUGGAUUGUCCCUCCUUCUCCCCACGCUGACCAUGGAACGCUGGCGUAGCUUGACAGAUAAUGUGCCUGGUUCUGGACAUCUUCUGAUCCACGCAGACAACUUGGAAUGUAUGAUUAAAUGUCAGUGCUAAAUUUUUGACGAAGGUGGCGCCGUUUUGCACCCCAAACUAUGCCUCGGCAGAUUCUACACAAACGCAAAUGCUCUCCAAAGAGGUGAAACCUUGGAUAAUUGGUGCUGGAGUACCAGAGAUCUUCAAGUAGAUCUUAUAAAUUCGUUUAUUACCAGAGAUCGUCAUUAAUGCAUAAAUAAAGAUCCCAAUUAGUAGUGGUUGAAUUCCUUCUGUGGGUCCACAUGAGAAACCAAUACGAAUAUAACCUACGUGUCCAAUUGAACUAUGAGCUAGAAGUCUCGUCCAACCUAACAGGUUCAAGAGUCCUCGCCCAGGUCCAGCCAAGUCAGAAGGCCAACCCGAAGACUCAGUUUCAAGGCAAGGUGCAGUGCCACCUAGGUCUUAAAGGUCACAAGAAGUUGUUUGAGGGUCUUAGUUCACCGAGCGACGUUGUUCUGGGCAUGGUUAAUGUUGGGCCAGACUAUUGUUUAAUGUGUAAAUUAAAUUAAUAA